AAUUUGGCUAGUGUACCGAAAUCCGCGGCGACUGGCGCGCGAUCGUACAUUUGGUCGCAGUACCCGCGAGCGCGCCAACAGACCGGCCUGUUACAUAAUUAAAAAAAAAAGAUAUUUUUAUCAGUUGCCAGUACAUUUUUUAACAAUUGUGUAUAAGUGGCCAGUGCGUUUUAAUUAAAUUUUUUAUAAAAUCAUUUGUAAAUCAAGACUAUAUUUUCGUGAAUGGUCUAGAAUAAAACAAGAUGGAGAAGCAAACGAUGCACAUGCUCUCGGUGCAGGAGCGGGGCGGGGAGACGAGGAAGGCCAACCAGUACAUCGCUGCGGUCGCAGCCGCUAUUGGGGCUGUGAUCGCGGGUACCAUCUUAGCAUGGACAUCACCAGCGCUGCCCCAAUUGGAGCCUCCAAAGAAUACCACAGCACUGAACAUGACAGCGACCAAUAUUACCAUCGUCAAUGGCAGUGCACCAGUUCUCAUCAACUCUCUUGGACAGCCGGCGGACUUCUUAUUGGACACUAAAGAUAGUUCACUAGUAUCAUCAAUCUUAGCUAUAGGUGCUGCAUUAAGUGCUUUACCUGCCGGUGUGGUAGUCCAACGUAUCGGUAGACGGCCGACCAUACUUCUACUAGCUGUACCCUUCAUGAUCAACUGGUUGCUAACUAUCUUCGCAAACGGAGCUGGUAUGCUGAUCGCUGCUAGGUUCUUCGCUGGUAUUGCUACUGGUGGAAUUUGCGUGACCGCUCCAAUGUACAUCGGGGAGAUAGCGGAGACGUCCAUCCGAGGAUCUUUAGGUGCUUUCUUCCAGCUGUUCCUCACUGUUGGUAUUCUGGGAACAUUCGUCAUCGGCGGCUGGACGCACUGGCGUACGCUGUCUAUCAUCUCUGCUGUGCUACCGCCGCUGUUGAUUGCUGUCUUUUGGUGGAUGCCAGAGACCCCGCAGUACCUGCUAAGUAAGAACAGACGCCGCGACGCCGAGAAAGUGCUGCGCUGGCUGCGAGGACCUGACGCGGAUCUCACUGCAGAACUUGCGGAUAUGCAGAAAGAUGUGGAUGACGCGGCAAGACAACGUGCUGGUAUGCUGAGUAUGCUCACCAACAAGGCGUCUCGCAUGGCGCUAGUUUGCGGCCUCGGCCUCAUGUUCUUCCAGCAGUUCAGCGGCAUCAACGCUGUCAUCUUCUACACUAAUAAUAUCUUCCAGUCCGCCGGCUCCAAUAUACCACCAGCAAUCGCCACAAUUAUAGUCGGUGUUGUUCAAACUAUCGCUACUUAUGUGUCUUCUUUAUUAGUAGAAAAGGCUGGAAGACGUCUAUUAUUGCUGCAGAGUUGUAUUAUAAUGGGUCUUUGUCUCAUCAUCCUCGGAACGUAUUUCAAAUUACAAGCAAGCGGCGCUAGUGUCGCUUCUUUUGGCUGGCUUCCUUUAGUUUGCUUAGUAUUGUUUAUUAUUUCAUUUUCUUUAGGUUUCGGUCCAAUUCCAUGGAUGAUGAUGGCUGAACUCUUUUCUGUUGAAUUCAGAGGAUCCGCGUCUGGUAUUACUGUGGUAGCUAACUGGUGUUUGGUGUUUAUCGUGACUCUCUGCUUCCCCUUAAUGAAAGAUGCGAUCGGUAUUUACAGUUGUUUCUGGUUCUUCGCCGCCUUUAUGAUUAUCUGUAUAUUCUUCGUUUUCUUUUUAAUACCAGAGACAAAGGGGAAGACUGUGUCACAGAUUCAGGCGAUUUUAGGCGGGAAGAGAGUUUAGAGGUUAGUUUGUGAUAAAUUAAAUGUAUCUAGAAAAUGAAAUCGCUCGCUGGGUAUGUGUUCUUAUUUUUAUUUUAUUUAUGAUUGAUUAGAUGAGAUUUGAGAAUAUUUUACUAGAUAAAGCUUUAUUUAGAAAGAAAAAUAUUACUGUAACGAUCAUUGUAUAAUUUGUGUUUAAUGUAGGUAAUGUUAUUGUGUUCAUUGUGGUUGUCUUGGACGAACAAUUUUAAUAAAAUAUAUACUAUCAAUAUUGUAGAACGAUAUAAUUGUGAAAAAGACAAAUAAUGGGAAUAAGUUGGACAAAAUGCAUGUCAAUUUUAACAAGUAACCGCUAAGAGUAUAUAUUAAAUUUGAUAUUUUAUCUAAUACUGUACAAUUAUUAUAAAGAAAUUAAAAAAUGGAUGGAUAUAUGGUCGAGUAAAUGGAUUUUAUUUGCUUUAAAAUGUUGAAAAUGUGAUCAAUUUAUUAGCGUAGAUUAGUUUUAGAUGUAUUUUAAUGCCGAACAAUAAUAUUAUGUAAGUUUAAGGUAUAUAAUGAACGAAAUAAUGUGCCAAAUAUAUGUAUAAAUGAUGUUCU